AUGGUGUUCGCCCCGAUUCCGUUCCAGCCGGAGGCUCUUCUCCCCAGCCGCGAGCCUGCUGCUCCUGCUACAGACCAAGUCGAGCCUGCUGAGACUGCCCCCGCCCCUGGUUUGGCGGCCAGCAUAUCCGAGUUCUUCAGGCGGAUGGUCUUCCCUCCACUAGAUCCAAAUUUGCUUGAAGAAUUUGACUCCCAGAAAGUAAGUUGGAAUCCAUACAAGCAUUGCUUAGCAUUUGUGUCUGGGAAGAACCAGGUUGCUGUCCAAGACUUUGAGGAUUCAGAUGCUAAAGAACCAUGCAUUUUAACAAGGGAUCAUCAAACGGAUGUUAAGGCUGUUGAGUGGAGACCAAAUAGUGGGAAGAUGAUUGCAGUUGCCUGCAAGGGAGGGAUAUGCCUCUGGUCGGCAUCAUAUCCUGGCAAUGUUCCGUUCAUGAAACCUGGCAUCACCUCUUCUUCCUGUAGUGCCUUCCCUAGAGGUUCUGGUGGUCAGUGGAUACUGGUGGAUGUUCUUCGUGGCUCUUCUGCUGAGCUCGGGGCAAAUUGGGACCCAGAAGGUCGUGUUGCAUUGUUAUCCUUUUCUAACUCGAUGACACUCGGCUCAAUUCACUUCUCAUCUAAGCCACCAUCCUUAGAUGCCCACCUCCUACCAGUUGAACUUCCAGAAGUUUCCUCCCUGAUUGUUAGCCGAGGCAUAGAGAAAUUAGCAUGGGAUGCUUCAGGGGAACGUCUGGCAUUGUCGUUCAAAGAUGGAAAUGAAAUGUACCGUGGCCUGAUUGCUGUAUAUGAUGUGCGGAGAUCUCCACUUAUCUCACUAUCACUAGUUGGAUUCAUUCGGGGACCUGGAGAAGGAGCAAAGCCACUCGCUUUUGGUUUUCAUAGCAAAUUUAAGCAGGGACCUUUGCUUUCUGUGUGUUGA